AUGAGCAAAACAGUGGAACUUAAUGAACGAGCUACUAAAGCUGAAACUGAGACUGAGUCCCUAAAGCAGGAACUUGCUAGAGUAGAAGCUGAAAAGGAAGCUACCCUUGUUCAAUAUAACCAGUGCUUGGAGACAAUAUCAAAACUGGAGGAGAGAAUAAAAGAAGCUGAGGAGAAUGCAAGAAGGAUUAAGGAGCAUGCCGAUAUAGCAGAAAAAGAAAUCGAAGCUUUGGAAUUACAAGUUACUAAACUUAAUGAAGAAAAGGAAGAUGCUGCUCUCCACUAUCAGCAAUGCAUGGAGAUAAUUUCCAGUUUGGACUAUAAGCUCUCUUGUGCUGAAGAGGAGGUGCAUAGGCUAAAUUCCAAGAUAGUUGAUGGGGUUGAAAAGUUACAGAGUUCAGAACAGAAAUGUCUUCUGUUGGAGACAUCAAAUCACACUCUGCAGUCAGAAUUACAAUCUUUGGCACAAAAAGUGGGGUCUCAAAGUGAAGAACUUAAUGAGAAGCAGCAGGAAUUGGGUAGACUUUGGGGUUGCAUACAAGAGGAGAGACUUCUGGAGAAAAAUACUGUUUUAGAGAAUUCCCUUUCAGACUUGAAUGCUGAGCUAGAUAGCAUCAGAGGAAAGGUAAAUGUGUUGGAAGAAACAUGCCAAUCUCUACUAGUGGAGAAAUCAAAUCUUGCUACUGAGAAGGCCACCUUGUUUUGUCAGUUACAAUCCACAACUGAAAAGUUGGAGAAGCUCUCAGAAAAGAGCAACCUAUUGGAAAAUUCACUAUUUGAUGUGAAUGCUGAACUUGAAGGGUUAAGGGUAAAGUCCAAGUUGAACAUAACUCAUCAAACACUGAAAGAUCUUGAGAAACUGCACAGUGAAUUGGAAUUGAAGCAUUUGGAACUAAAAGGAGAAAGGGAGCCUGCACUUCAAAAGGUAGAAGAGCUACUAGUUUCCCUAUAUUCUGAGAGGGAAGAGAAUUCCAAAGUUUUGAAAUUGAAUGAAGAUGAAUUGGCUGAGAAGGAGUUACAAAUUCUUAUUCUACAAGAAGAUGCAAAUUGCAAGAAAAAGGAAUAUGAGGAGGAAGUGGACAGAGCUAUACAUGCUCAACUUGAAAUUUUCAUCUUGCAGAAAUGUAUUGAUGAUUUGGAGAAAAAGAACCUCUCCCUUCUAGUUGAGUGUCAGAGACUUUUGGAGGCUUCCAAAAUGUCUGACUAA